AGUGCUGGUCACUUCUCAUGCAGAGCGCGUCUGGUGGGAGAACCGCCGAGCUGCCUGCGUCCUUCACACUCUCCAUGCGCGAGGACAGUCGUCCAAUAAAAAGCCCGAAAGUGUCGGAACACUGUCGCCUGCUCUUUUAUUUUGUGGACAAUCGGUCGGAGUCCGGUGGGGACGGGAUAUCUGAUCGGAGAGUCGGAGCCUUCCUCGUGCCAUCACGCCGUAAGGAGGCAACAGACGAGAGGGGAGACAGCGUGGUUUGAAUACAGAUGAGAGCAACUAUUGACACCUUCAGCCCACCAGUCUGCUGUGAGCGCGGACAAAGCUGAAAGAACGUGGCUGCCAAAUACCCAGCUUUACAUCUACUAUCCGUAGACGCCUGUUAAACAGCUGAGUCUUUUCUUAUCUUUUUUUUUUUUUUUUUUUUUUACUCCAUCCCGGAGGUGGCUGCCAGCUAUCGGUUCGUCUGAAAGCGCACAGAAAACCAAUACAUCUGCCCCCCCGGAAGAAAAAAAAAAACACGGAAUCAGGCGAGACCCGGGAGCGUCUCUGACAUGCUGUAAGUUCUUGUUAUCUGGACUGGACCUGUAUUAUGGCUUCGCUGUAUCAGAGAUUCACCGGGAAGAUCAAUACCACCAAUUCGUUCCCACACCCACCUGAGGCCAGCCACCUUCUCGGCGGACAGGUUGCAGACGAGGAAAACGCAGCGAAGAGUCCUCAGCAGGUCGGGGAUGGAAGACCUCACGUGCAGUACCGCAAAAAAUGCGCGAAGGAGGACGAAGAUGACCUGGUGGGCAGUGCUCCUCCCCAGAGGAACUGGAAAGGAAUAUCCAUCGCCCUGCUGGUCAUCGUCAUCAUCUGCUCCCUAAUUGUCACCUCUGUCAUCCUGCUGACCCCUCGUGAAGAUGACAGCCUUGCCCUUAAGAAGAAAGUAACCAUCGAGGAUGUUUUUGGUCCUGACCUUCGCAUCCACGACCCAGAAGCCAAAUGGCUCAGCGACAAUGAGCUUCUGUAUCGUACCAGGGAUGGGGAUGUUGUCAAGCUUAAUGCUGACACAAAGGCGGGAACUGUUAUCGUGCCGCACCAGUUGUUUGACAGAUCCAGAGCCGCCAAGUACCAAGUGUCUCCAGACAUGCAGCAUGUUCUGUUUGCCUUUGAAGUGAAACCGAUCUACCAACACUCCUAUGUGGCCAAGUAUAUUAUUUACAGCCUUGUGACACAGGAAACUUGGCCUCUAAAUCCUCCGGAGGUGCAUGAAGCUGCCCUGCAGUUUGCUGGAUGGGGACCCCGGGGCCAGCAGCUGAUCUUCAUUUUUGAAAACAACAUCUACUACAGAGCGACAGUAGUGAGCCCAGCGAUCCGCCUGGUGGCCACCGGUAAAGAGGGAGUCGUCUUCAAUGGCCUCGCUGACUGGCUCUAUGAGGAGGAGAUCCUGCAGACCCACAUAGCCCACUGGUGGUCUCCAGACGGGCUGCGUCUGGCCUACAUGACCAUCAACGACACGCUGGUGCCUAAGAUGGAAGUUCCCUUCUUCACAGGAAUGCCCUACCCUGCCAGUCUGGAGUACCACUACCCAAAGGCCGGGGAGGAAAACCCUGUAGUGCACCUGUCAGUGGUGAGCCUCAACGGUCCCCUGCAUACUGUGGUGAUGAAGAAACCUGAUGACCCCAGGAUAGGGAGGGAAUAUUAUAUCACCAUGGUGAAAUGGGCCACCAGCACCAAACUGGCUGUCAACUGGCUGAACAGAGCGCAGAACAACUCCAUCCUGACUCUGUGUGAGGCGACAACCGGAGUCUGUGUUAAGAAACACGAGGAUGAGAGUGAGAGCUGGCUGCACAGACAGAACGAAGCGCCGCUCUUCUCCCAGGAUGGUCACAAGUUUUUCUUUACGAGAGCCAUCCCUCAGGGCGGGAGAGGAAAGUUCUUCCACAUCUCCAUGUCAACCUCUAUGCCUAACAGUAGCACAGACAUCCUUCAGUCCCUGACCUCUGGAGACUGGGACGUCACAAGAAUCUUGGCCUACAAUCAUGACAGGAACCUGAUAUACUUUCUAAGCACAGAGGACGACCCCAAACGGCGGCACUUGUACAGUGCUGACACAAUCCCUCCAUUCAACCGCUGCUGCCUAUCUUGCGAGUUUGUCUGUGGCUAUGUGGACGUCUCAUUCAGCAACAACAUGCACUACUUCCUACUCAACUGCAAAGGUCCAAGUGUGCCGAGUGUGGCUGUCUAUAGGACCAAGGACAAACAGAAGUUGUUUGACGUCGAGAAGAAUGAACUAGUUAACAUCACCUUCAACAACAUGCAGAUGCCCAAAGUGGAGAACAAGACCAUCAUCAUAGACGACUACACUCUGACCAUGGAGAUUCUGAAGCCAGCUGGGUUCAUAGAUACAGCCCAUUACCCCUUACUGCUGCUGGUGGACGGCACGCCCGGGGGACAGAUGGUGUCGGAGCAGUUCCAGGUGGACUGGGCCACAGUUCUGGUCAGCAGCUUCAGCACCAUCGUCAUCCGCUUUGACGGACACGGCAGCGGCUUCCAGGGCACCAACUUCCUCCACAAAGUCAGGAGGAAACUAGGAAAACUGGAGGAGAGGGACCAGCUGGAGGCUCUCAGGUUGAUUUCCAAAGAGACGUACGUCGAUAAAACUCGAAUGGGAGUUUAUGGAAAAGCCUAUGGAGGAUAUUUAGCCACAAUGCUUCUGAGCUCUGAGGAGUUCACUGAACUUAAAUGUGGCACGGCAGUCUCCCCCAUCACAGAUUUUGAAAUAUAUGCGUCAGCAUUUUCAGAACGAUACCUCGGCUCGAGGACAGAUUCCAGAGUAUAUACGAUGGCAAAUUUAGAACACAGAGCGGGCCAGCUCCUGCAGAAGCAGUACUUAAUAAUUCAUCCAACAGCUGACGAAAAGGUUCACUUCCAGCACUCAGCCAAGUUUAUCAAUCAUUUAAUCAGCGAGAAGGCCAAUUACACUCUACAGAUCUACCCUGAUGAGGGACAUUUCCUACACAGUGAAGACACACAGCAGCACCUCAGCCAGUCCCUGGUCAACUUCUUUGAGGAGUGUUUCCGAGUGCCGGAGAAGCGGUCAAAGAACGAGGAGGACGAGGAUGACAGUUAAAACCUUCUCCUCUGACCAGCCAGAUACUACAGCACAAUAUGCAACAAGACCUCACAUACCCAAUCAAAUGACAACACCUGCUGUCCAAUCAGAUUUGAGCCUCACUCUGUGGGGCGGCACCUGCAUGUGCAAAGAGGCCUCAGAGGCCUCCAUCCCCUCUCCUCUCCUCUCCUCGUCCUGCUGGCUGCUGGUCAGGAGGACAAAUACACCACAGACAUGAGCGGUCAUAUCUCUCUCUGCUAUUGGAACAUGUGGACAAGUGCUCCCUCUAGUGGACAAAAAGAGGAUCAACAUGAC